UCUCGACAGCUUCAUCAUCGACAUCCCCGUCCAAACCGCCCACCAUGUCGAUGUUCCGCGCCAAGAAGCUCGAUCUGGGCUGUUUCGUCAACGUCCGCACCCUGCGCGACCACACAAAGCGAAAGGUCUUUGAGGCCCACGAGACCGAGAGACAAGCUCUCCGAUAUAUUAUUCGCAACACAACCCUCCCCCCACGAGUCCGCGCCGAGGCACAGCUCCAAUUGACACAGAUGCACUGCUAUACUCGACCAACGCAGAUUCGAAACAGAUGUAUCAUGGGUGGUCAGGGACGUGGUGUGCUGAGUGACUUUAAGAUGACUCGAUACAACUUCCGAAUGGAGGCUAUGGCUGGAAACCUGCCUGGUGUGAAGCGAGCCAGUUGGUAAAGAGCUGGGGACGGAAUCGAACGAGAGGAAAUGUACGACUACACACCCCUUAUGUACCAAAAUCACUCUAUUACCUAUACCGAAGAGUGGUCUAGUGGUAUCCGUCCUAGAACCUAUAAACCUUCUCUCAUUCCGCACCUAAAAUACUUCACCCACUAGGCUGCUCUUCGCUUUUUGCAGUCCACGAG